AUGUGGACAAUUCAAGAAAUUUGUUGUGAAUUAAAUAAGAAGUUUGAUACAUUAAAACCUAUUAGAGAAAUAAUUGAAGUAGUUACAAAAGAAACUAAACCACAAAAAAUUAUUGAAGUUCUUUAUAGUCAAUUACGUCUUUUUGGAGGGAUUGGUACUAGUGUUAAAUUAUUAAAGAAGUUAAUAGAAAAAACAUGUGAACCAUUAAUGAAUUUUAUUUCACAAUGGAUGAGUUGUGGAGAAUUAUUAUAUAAUGAAUUUUUUAUAAAAAAAGAAGAAGAAAAAUAUAUAUUUUAUGAAGAAGAAGUUCCGUGUUGUGUACAACCUCUUGGAAAUGAAAUUUAUAUAACUGGAAAAUAUGUUAAUUCAAUUAAGAGAUAUAGAAUUCAACAUGAAACAGAAUUAUUUCAACAAAUGCUUUUACAUCAAACAUCAGAAAUAGAAGAAGAAAGUAAAGAAGAAAUACCAUCCAUUCAUUUAGAAUCAAUAAAUUUAUUUAAUCCAUUAAAAUUUAAACAGUUAAUUACUAAACAAGCAGAAUCAAUUAAUAAAAUGUUAUUUGUUAUAUUUCAACAUUGUCACAUUGAUGAUACUUUUAAUAAAAUUAGAAAGACUUACUUAUUAGGUGAACCUUCAUUUUAUUAUAAUUUUUUUGAUGUUUCACAUGGAAUAUUAUCAAAUGCAUAUUCAGCAGAUGAAGAAUUACGUUCAACAUAUAAAUUAUUUGAUUCAUUAUUAUUUGAAUUAAAAUCAAUUCAUAUAUCAUCAAAUUGUUUUAGUGUAUCAUUUCAAAAAGAGUUUAUUCAAAAUUAUUUAGAAUUAACAACAACAGAUAAACCAUGUAAUAUGUUUCAAGCAUUUUUAAUACGACUUGUAAUUCCUUUUCCAUUAUCUUUAAUUGUAAAUGAAGAAGCAACUUUAAGGUAUCAAGUUAUAUUUAAAUUUUUAUUUGAUAUUGAGUAUCAUCGUUAUUUAUUAUCUCGUGCAUUUACAAAAAUAAUUUGUAAAUCAACAGAACUUGGAACAAAUAGAAAUUAUAGUACAUUAAGAUUUUACCUUCAACAACUUCUUUUAAUUUGUUCAAAAACAUUAGAAGAAAUAGUAAUAUAUUGUCAGUGUGAUGUUAUUACAAAAUUAUGGAAUAAAUUUAUUGCAACACCAAAAUAUUCUGUUAAUGAUUUAAAAGAAUUACAUUCUAAAUUUUUAAAUGAUUGUUUAACUGGAAUUGGAUUAAAUGAAACAGUAUUAUUUAAUUCUUAUAAUAAAUUAUUAAUUCAUAUUAGAUAUGUACUUCAAACAAUAUAUGCAGUAGAAAAAAUGGCUAAUAGUGGUGAUGAAAAAAUAAAAAAACAACCUGAAAAAAAAGAUUAUGAAAUAUUAGAAUCUUUAAGUGAAGAAACUAGAAUACAAAUGGAUGGAAUUUGUUCUUUAUUACCAAAUACUUCUAUUGAAAAAAGAAAUUGUUGUUUUAAUAGAUUAAAGUUACAACCAAAACAAAGUUUAAGUGAAGAAGAUCCAUUUGCUGAUAUUUUGAAUAAAAAAUAA